CGUCUUGGUCGCGGCAUCAACCUGCCCGCCCGCCGCAUUACAAGGGUGGAGAAGAAAGCGUGACAGUGGGGCAGCCUCAUGAAGAUGAGUGAUCACCAUGAGAAAGAGCUUAGUCCAAGUCAACCAGCAUGCGCCUUAACCUCGCGUUCGCAUGGCUUGCAUUGUCCACCACGGCCGUCUCAGCUGCCUCCAGCGUACAGGCGGCUUUGGAUGUCCUCAUCUCUGUGGCCGGAGAACUGCAAGUUAUGAGAGAAGAGGCGCGGCAUACAAAGCGCGCGGGGAUCCCUAUGGACCUAGGGCCGUGUGAGCCGCGUUGCGUUGAAGGAGAUGGCGUGUGGGACGAUUGCCUUAUCUUCGUCAACUUCACGAAGUGCCUUCAGCACUGCUAUCAGAAGUGGAGCGAAAUCGCGGACUGCUUCCACUGCAACCAGGAGAAUCGGCGGAAAGACCACCGCAUCUGGGAGUUGCAGUUGGGCGAGGCGUGCGUCAGGUUCCUCCGGGACCCCACGGCGGAUCCCUCAUGGGUGGCUGGCGAUGGGCAAGCUUAUGGGGCGACUUUCACAUACGGGCAAGCACCAACCCAGUCAGCUGGAAAUAAUUCAAGUCUCCCUCCUAUAAGGACGAUCACGGUGGGCAACGCAGCAGCAACCAAUCCUUCUCAGUCUAGCGCUGCGUCGUCCCGGAACCUUGGUAGAGCGGAAACCAGGCUAGGGGUGUUAUUAUUAGUAGUAUCUUGCUCGCUCGUGAUCGAUAAACUUUGGACGUAGACGGAACUGGACACAUGUAUGACUGCUCAGCUAA